ACUCGACCCGGAGAUGAGGCUGCUGCGACUAUUGCACUUGAGUGGGCGCCAGGUGAUCCUCGGGUCCGCAGAGGUUGCGCUCUGGGGUUUGAAGUCAAUAAAAGGAAGCUGCAACAAUUUUUGCACUGCUAUUUGUAAAGAUGUCACUUAUAUGGAACUUAAAAACCUCUUGAAGUCCAAAAAAAUUAUGUUAAUUGAUGUUAGAGAACCAUGGGAAAUUCUUGAGUAUGGAAAAAUCCCUGGGUCUGUCAAUAUACCAUUGGAUAACGUAGAUGAAGCUCUACAGAUGAACCCAAAAGACUUCAAAGAGAAGUACAAUGAAGUAAAGCCAUCCAAAUCUGACAGUCUAGUGUUUUCUUGUUUAGCCGGAGUGAGAAGCAAGAAGGCUAUGGACACAGCAAUAUCUCUGGGCUUUAACAGUGCUCAACACUAUGCUGGAGGAUGGAAGGAAUGGGCAACCUAUGAAUUUUCGGAGAAGAAACAAGGAAAUUGAAUUUUGGAAUACAAGCUGGCCCUUUCCUUGUGUACGUGCAGCCUAGGAUAGUGGAAUAAGCAAAAGAAUCAAAAUGUAGCCCUGGAACCACUGGUUAAUGGGAAGGGGAUUUUGUGUAAGUCAAUUAUUUGUUGAAUCUUUUUCUCACCUAUAAAUUGGGAAUACCACUUCUCCCUGCCUACUUCCAAAGGCUAA